UGGAGCAGACCUCUGAGCUCUUAUUCCCUAUUUAUCAUUCUCUUUCUCUUAUCUUUGCAUCUCUUGGAGUAAUUUGCAGCUAGUAUUAUAAUCAAAUUCCAACAUCAUCCACGAAAGAAAACUACUUUCGACAACGGCUUAGGUAACGCAGGUCAUGGCCGAGAAGAUUAUUAUGUUUUGCCGUUACUAUGUUCUACUUAUUGUUCUUCUUCCUUAUCGAACCCUCCAAUUCAUCUACCACAAGCUUUCAUUUCAAGUCUCAAGGGCCUCUAACCUAGAUGCUGCUGAGGGCAUCGAAAACCAUGUUCCCAUUGCGCCAAAGCUCUCUUCUUCCUUCAUUACAGACUCCGAAAUCCAAUCUGAAUUUGCUCACCAUGCUCCUGGUGUUGCCAGGAUGAACAAUGGCAGCUUCGGUUGCUGCCCUGCCUCUGUCAUCUCUGCCUUGCAACAAUGGCAGCUCAAAUUGCUCAGCCAACCGGACCAUUUCUACUUUAAUGAGCUUGAGAACAGGAUACUUGAAUCAAGAUACAAAAUCAAAGACCUUAUCAACGCAGAAGAUGUGGAUGAAGUCUCCAUUGUAGACAACAUCUCCACUGCUGUCGCCAUAGUCCUGCAGCAAGCAACAUGGGCCUUUGCUGAAGGGAAAUUUAACAAAGGGGAUGCUGUCAUUAUGUUUCACUGCGCUUAUGGCGCGGUGAAGAACUCAAUCAAGGCCUACUUUUCACGUGCUGGUGGAUAUGUUAUCGAAGUUCAAUUUAAUUUUCCAUUGAAUUCCAAUGAAGAAAUUAUAAGUGAAUUUAGCAAAGCAUUGGAGAGAGAAAAGGGUAAUGGUAGGAGAGUGAGAUUGGCUGUGAUUGAUCAUGUCACAUGCAUGCCAAGUGUUAUAAUGCCAGUUAAGCAAUUGGUUAAAAUCUGUAGGGAAGAAGGUGUUGAACAAGUUUUCAUAGAUGCAGCUCAUGGUGUUGGGUGCGUAGAUGUUGAUAUGCAAGAAAUUGGGGCAGAUUUUUAUGCUAGUACUUUGUAUAAGUGGUUCUUCUGCCCACCUGCAGCUGCAUUUCUGUAUUGUAGGAAGUCAGCUACAUAUUCAGAUUUGCAAUUGCAUCACCCUGUUGUAUCUCAUAGGUAUGGUAUGGGGUUGGCUGAAGAAAGUUUUUGGGUUGGGACAAGGGAUUAUACUCCAUAUCUGGUGCUUCCUUCAGCUAUGGAGUUCGUUAAGAGGUUCGAAGGCGGUGUUGAGGGAAUCAGAAAAAUGAAUCAUGAUGCUGUUGUUGAGAUGGGGAAGAUGUUGGCAGAAGCUUGGGGAACCAAUCUAGGCUGCCCUCCUGAUAUGUGUGCUAGCAUGAUCAUGGUUGGUUUACCAUCUUGUUUGGGGAUUUCAAGUGAUGAUGAUGCUAUGAAGUUAUGGGCACAUUUACGCAAGAAAUUUGGUGUUGAAGUCAGGAUACAUUAUCAAGCUCCCAAAGAUGGAGAGGUUGUGUUGACAACAGGGUACGUUCGAAUUUGUCAUCAGAUUUACAACAAAGUUGAUGACUAUUACAAGCUCAGAGAUGCAAUUAAUCAACUUGUUCAUGACGGGUUCACUUGCGCUCUUGAGUUCAAUGAGGCCUGAAGAAAUCCGUUCGAUAAAAAAGAGCUAUAUAUAUAGUUCUCUGUCUCCUGCAUGCU